GAAUGCGCGUGCAAUAAUCAGAAUAGGACGCGCGUCCUUGCUAGUCCAUUCAGCGGUCGGCGGUGACCAGUCCUGCCUAGCGCACUGCGCAUGCUCAGCCUUUACAGCCACAGAAGGCAGUGCGCGCCGCUGAGUGAGAAUCAUAGUUACAUAGACAAGCGUUCGGUGGUAAGUGCGCGCGCAGGGGCGGGAGUAGGAGUCACGGGAGGAGGGGGCGCUUGAGAACGGGUACAGGCUGCGGGGCCGAAUCGCCAACACGGACUCAAACCGGAGGCGUCGAGAGUCCAUGGAGAGACGCGUCUUCCCCGACUCACUCAUCUCUACUGCCGCUGCUAGCCUUCUCUAACCCCGGGCCGGCUCUCCUCCUGUUCCGGGCGUUGCACGGCGGCUGUGAGCUUGGCUGGUUUGUCCCUGUGUGAGGCGGGUGUCGAGGUGACUGCAGCUGCCGGGGAGGGAGGAGUAGCCGCCGCCUCUAUGAUGAAGUUCAAGCCGAACCAGACUCGGACUUAUGACCGGGAAGGAUUCAAGAAACGAGCGGCCUGCCUGUGCUUCAGGAACGAGCGGGAGGAUGAGAUUCUUUUAGUGAGCAGCAGUCGGUAUCCAGAUCAGUGGAUUGUGCCAGGAGGAGGAAUGGAGCCCGAGGAAGAGCCAGGAGGUGCAGCAGUGCGGGAGGUGUAUGAAGAGGCCGGUGUAAAGGGGAAGUUAGGAAGACUCCUGGGAAUAUUUGAGCAGAACCAAGAUAGAAAGCAUAGGACUUAUGUUUAUGUUCUCACAGUGACUGAAGUGUUGGAAGACUGGGAAGAUUCUGUGAACAUUGGCAGGAAGAGAGAGUGGUUCAAAGUUGAAGAUGCACUUAAGGUCCUGCAGUGCCACAAGCCAGUACAUGCAGAAUACUUGGAGAAACUGAAAGUGGGGUGUUCUCCAACCAAUGGAAAUUCCGUGGUUCCCCCUUUAUCAGACAACACCUCUCUGUAUGUUACUUCUGCACAGACUUCUGGGCUGCCAUCUACUGUGAGAUAAACUGUGCUAUGGGAUGACCUCUUGCUCAUGCUCAUUCAGGAGAAUGGCCUUUGUGAUUCUCAAGCAGACAUCUUUAUGAUUAGACCUGGAUUCCCAUGCAAAAUGUACUAAAAUCAUUUGUUUUUUCCCCAA